AUUAGGAUUAUUUAUCUUUUUUCCACCUCUAGCUACAUAUUUCUCGGAGUAAAAGAUUAAAAAAUAAAACAAAGCAACCCGCCGCAAGUUAAAAUGGAAGUGUGUUAACAACUAUCUGCUUUGAGGGCAAUCCUGCUCGUAACUACUUGUAACUCCCCUUGGUCCUGCAGCAUGCCGCUCAUCGAAGUGGGCUCCUCCGCCGCUCCCGGCGGAGUUUAUCCGGAAAAUGGCACCAAGCAGCUCCACACCAAAACCACACAGAGCCUGGCCAAGCCGGAGGCCAGCUUCAAUUCCGAACCGGCGGCGGCAGCGGGAUCGCUGCUCUCUCUGUUCAACUUGCAGGGCCAAAAGUGGCAGCAGGUCUUUGACUUGGACAAGGUCAUCAAGCAGCUGCGAACGGCGGAGAAGACAUAUUUGAGGGGUGGGAAGAACUCCAGCACUGCUGCUGCUGCUGCAGCCGCUGCCGCCGCAGGAGGGGGAGAUCAGCAACAGCAGGCGAAGGUGCAGGUGCAGCGCCUGCAGUCGGCGGACAUGGCUUACUAUGACUUGGUGCCAAAGCUGGCCUCGCGGGAUAUAGUGCUCUGCGGAUCCUGUUCGGGCAGCUACACGAAGGCAGGGUUCCAGCAUCACAUUGCGCUGCAGCAUCCCAGCGUUUGGGAGGCCACAUCCAGCAAGGUCGUCAGCCCCAAUGGAAAUCAUGCCAUUGCCGGGGCGGGCGGCGGCGACGCGCGUCUCACUGCCACGGAGAGUCACAACAGCCAGGAGGCUGGCGGAGUAGGAGGCAGCCUUGUGGCCCACUCGCCCACGGACACGCUGCUGUCUGCCUCAACCCUGUCUAGCUGUUCCAAUGGAUCGAGCAGCUCGGCCUCGCUCCAGCAUCCAGCUGGCACCUCAUCGUCCUCGUCCUCUUCGUCGCGCCACAAGAGCAGCAGCAGCAAGAGUAGCAGUUCCUCCUCCUCCAAGGGCAGCAGCGGCGGCGGCGGCGGUACCUCCUCUUCCUCCGGUGGUAGUCGGUCACGCUCCAAGUCAUCGAAAAAUCGGCACCACUCGUCACCGGCACCGGCGGCAGCGGAGCACAAGGAGUCCAAGGGAUCGAAAAAGAGCGGGGGCAGCAGUGCCAUAGCAGCUCCUCCAAUUGUGGCCGCUGUCAAGGAGGAACCUCCAGCUGCAGCCACUGCCCCUGCCAUUACAGUCUUCUCCUCUUCCAGCAACUCAUCCUGCAGUCUACCGCCUACGCCCGCCGCCGUGGCUGCCAGCGAUUUGGGGACGGGUCUGGGGGUCAAUAGCUACUCACCUGCAGAGGCGGAAAAGCUGCCCGAGCUGCAGCCAAGGAAAAAGCUAAAGGGCUCCAGCGACCAUCGAACAAAAGCGGAAAGGGAGAAGAAUAAAGAGAAAGCCUUGGUGAAUCCUUACGAGCAACAGCAGCAGGUGCUCAGCGAGCUAGACCAGGCUGUCUCCUCCAUCACAGCGGGUGCUCUAGUCGAGCAGCAGCAGGUGGUGGCGCCGAAUGAGGAUGAUGAACUGCCUCUGCCCAACACCUCCGACGAGAACUCCAUUUCCCAGACUCUCGACGAGAUGCUGGACAGCAAGCUGAUCAACGAGAUCCUCAACAACUUUGAUGAGAGCGCCUUGGACACAUCCCAACAACAACAGCAACAGCAGCAGCAGCCGUCGCAAAAUGGAAAUCCUCUGCCGCAUCCCGCUCAGGCCACCAAAAGACUGCGCUUUGAGGACGCCACCGACACGGGCGAGGGCUAUGCCAGCUAUCCGCAGGUCUAUGCGGCGGCCGCGGAGGAGGAAGACCAGCAGCAGGAGCUGACCACCAUUGAUGCAAUGCAGCUGCAGCAGCUGAUAUAUCAGCAGCAGCAAAUGCUGGAUCAGCAGCAACAGCAGGAGCAGCAGCAGCAGCAGGAUCAGAAGCUGCUGCAGGAUCAGGAGCAGCAGCGCCAGUUCAGCGUCUACAAUGUGCAAUCGUUGACGGACGAGGCUUUGGCCCAUCCCCAGCAACAGCAGCAGCAGCUGGAGGAGCACAUGAUCCUGCCCAGCAUCAUAUACGAGAUCAGCGACUCGAAUCCCGUCUCGAUGCUGGAGCAGCAAAAGGUCAUAGCCGAGUUCCUAACUCAGGCCGGUUACGAGAACGUGGAUGUGAAUGUCCUGGCCCAGACGGCGGGCACCGGCAUGGAGUCGGCUACCAGCCACAACCACUUGGCGGAUGAGCUGAGCGACUUUGAGUUCAGCAAACUGGAGACUGUUAGCGACACCGUUAAGACUGUUAAGCUGGAGGCCACCACCGGCGGCCCAACCAGCCAGCCUCCUCAGGUCAACCAUCAUCACCACCACCACCACUCAUCGCUGGAGGACAGCUUCUUCAAUGUGAUGCUGUACUCGGGCUCACCGCGACCCCUGGCGCUGAACACCUUCGGCAUGGUCAAGCUGCCCCAGGGUCUGGGUGUCACCUUCCGCAAGAAUCUGCUGACCACGCGGAAGGCCAACAACAGUUUGCUCUCCCUGACGGGCGGCAGUCACCUCGGAGUAGUUGGCCAGCUGGCAAGACCCCCGCCGCCGCCGGCAUCCAACACAUCCUCGCCACUAAGCAAUGGCUUGCCGGCCAAGAACUCUUCGGCUGGGAGGACCAUUUAUGCCCAGAGAUCGAGCGUGAUUGCCCAGGAUCGGUUGCGAUGCAAUAAGAGGGCGCUCCUGGCGCCAGUGGGUAAGAUCGGAGAAGGGGGGCCCAUGACGCCCAAGCGCCUGAAUGAGCUGCUAAUGGGUAAGCAGGUGAAGAAGGAGGCGGCGGAGAGGGAGAGCGAGGAGGCAGAUCAGCAGGAGGAGGACAGCAGCAAGCAGCUCACCCACAGCUUCUACGAGAAGCGUCGCCGCCUGCUCCGCCCGCUCCAGAGCCACCACAAUGCCAGCCAAAGUUAUAGCCACAGCCACUCGCCACAGCAGCAGCAGCAGCAUCUCCUGAAGAAGCAGCUCCUGCGCACCCUGUCCGAUGGCAGCAGCAACAUGAACAUCAGCCACACUCCCAGCGCCAACAGCAGCAGCAGUAAUCCCCCCUGGAAGGGAAACAGCUCCAGCUCCAAUCCGGGAGGCAGCAACUCCAGCUCCACUCCAACCAGCAGCGACUUGAUGCGCGUCUUUGUCGGAUCUUAGUCCCUGAGACUCGCUGGCAUGCACGCAACCCCAAUUAUACAUAAAAACAAUCGAUUUUAAGUUUAGUUUUUUUAAAUCUAUUUUAAAUUAAUUAUAAAUAUGAUUUUUUCAUUUUUUUCAAGUGAUAAUUAGUUACCGAUUACUUAGUUGAUUGUAUGUAGUUUUCCCGUUUAGUCUACGCACUAAGUUUAGUUUAAAAAUACGUAUUUUACGGAUAUAUAUUAUUUCUGUAAUGCAUUAUUUAUAAAACGCUGUAUACUUUUAAAAAAUAAUACAAGAGCAUGCCUAAGUUCAAUAUAA